AGCUACAGGUAGGUGAGUUUGAUCAAGGUUGGAGCUAAACUCUGCAGGACAGUGGCCCUCGAGGACCAGGGUUGAGAACCCCUGGGCUAGACUAUUGAGCAGGUGUCCUUUACCUGGACACGAUCCUGACACUAGAGGGCAGCGGAUAAUCUGUCUUGUCUUCCCGGACACCAGAAUAGGCUGCGGAUCACAGUCAGGAUUACUAUUCGUUUGCACUGUCACUGUGACAGACAGCACCAGGUUAGAGAUGGUAUCGUUUCAGGUUUUACGUCGUUUGUGUCUGUUUGCAGUCACUAAACCGGUUUGCCAUGGUAGAGUGAUAUCAGCAUGUGGACUGAAGACUUCCAUAGUCAAUCACAGUGACGGACAACCUGAUCCAGGCAGAGCUGCAGUGUCAGUGACAUAUGAACAGCUCAAAGCUAUGCUGGCCAAUCACAGCGUACAGUUAUUUGACGUCAGGAAUCCAGAUGAAUUCCAGGCCGGCCGGAUUCUUGAUUCCAUCAACAUUCCAUUGGGACAGCUUGAGGAGUCACUGAAGCUCCCACCAAAACAGUUUCAACUGCAGUUUAAGGUGAAAGCCCCCAAAAAGGAAGAUGAUAACAUAGUUUUCCAUUGCCGAAGUGGGAAAAGGAGUUUGUCUGCUCUCGAAAUUGCUCAUCGUCUGGGAUUCUCUAAGGCACGGCAUUAUGCAGGCGGAUACAUUGAUUGGGAAGAGCGUGAGAAGAAAUAACAGAACUAAUUACUGUAUUCAUAUUACUGUAUUCAUAAUGAUCUGGACCAUUAAUAUGGAGAAGAUAAAUCUGAUAAAACUUUCAUAUUUUGAUGUGAAUCUGAAUGACUCAAUAUUAGUGUCAUUAUUAAUAUAUUUUUAAUGGCUCAUCAAUUAUUAUUAUUAAUCAAACUUCAUAAAGAUGAAUAUAGAAUAGAUGGAGCAAAAUACUUUAAAUAAUUGUUCCUUCAGACUGAAUCAAAAAAGCAUUGGACUGUAAAAACCAGUGUGAAUAUACAUUUACAAAUGUGCUUCAUUAAAAUAUUUUUAAAAAGA